GUUGUGACCGGUGCAUUUCUCUAGAGCGAACCUCCGUGUUUCCGCUGUUGGACCUGCACUCAGGCUUUUGUCGUCUAACUCAUCCACAAUGACGGAUAGAUACAACAUCCACAGUCAACUGGAACAUCUGCAGUCCAAGUACAUCGGCACCGGACACGCGGACACGAGCAAGUGGGAAUGGCUGGUGAACCAGCACCGGGACUCGUACUGUUCGUACAUGGGACAUUUUGACCUGCUCAACUACUUCUCUGUGGCCGAGAACGAGAGCAAAGCGCGGGUCCGCUUCAACCUCAUGGAGAAGAUGCUUCAGCCGUGUGGACCACCGGCUGAGAAACCAGACGACGCCUGAUUUCUGUGGAUGUACUUUGUUUUCUAAUCACGAUUUUGGACUCGUGCAUCCCGAGGAGUUUGUCCUGUGGGUGGCUCAAAGUCUUGUGCGUUUCUGUAAAAGUACGGAAGCCUGGUUGUGUUUGAGUAUGUCUCUGCGA